AUUAUCCGUUCCGAAGGUCAAUCGACUCGACGCCAUUUUUAUUGCACAACACGUUGCAAUUGCUUGUCACAAAAGCGUAUAUAAGUGUUGUAUCCGUUUCUUAAAUUAAGAAGCUUUUGGUAGGUCUCCUUGAUCUGCCACCGUCAGCGUACAACCGAGCUACUGUUGUUGGCACAACCUUUUUUUUUCGUUUUGGUUAAACCUGUUAUGAGCAGUUCUAUUUCUGGAGAAGUUUCAAAUUCUGCCGGAAAAGUCUGUAAGUUUUAUACAAGAAAAAAAGGUUGUAAACUGGGCGAUAGUUGUAAAUUUUUGCAUAGUGAAGAAAAAACUAACCAUGCAAUACUAAGUAAAGAAAACGCUACCCCUUCUGAACGUAAAACCAACAUAGAUUUUAAUUUACCUGAGUCGGAAACAAGAAAAGAUGAUAGCCUAAAUAAAAACGCGGAAGAUUUUAAAAAGGAGGUGGCGGAAGGAGAGAAGGUUUUUAACAAACCUUGUUACAAGUUCACCAAAAGUGGAACAUGUCCAUUCGGUGAUAAUUGUAAAUAUCAGCAUGUUUUAAAAGAAACUAAGAAGAAGCAGUUUAGAAAGAAAGUUUCUAAAUAUGUCGAAAAGAAUCAAGAGGUUAGCAAUAGGCCUCUUCCUUGCAAGUUUUUUCUUAGUGGACAUUGUAAGUUAGGUAAGGAAUGUCAAUUUUGGCAUCCAACCACGGAAGAGGCUUAUUUUAUGAAAGAAAAGAGUAAAGCUCGGAAAUUUCCUCCUAAACUUGUAGUUGAAAAGCCUAAAUAUAGGAUUGAUGAUCUAACCCAAGAAAAACAAGAGGAAUUGAGGAAUACUGAGAUUGAUUUGAUGAAGAAGAAAUAUCCACAAUGCUACAAACUGGAAAUGAAAUUGGAAACUUACGUACUCGAGUUUAUUGCUUCAGAUCCUGAUUGGACAUUUGAUGUUAAAGAAGUUCAUCUUAUGAUUGGGUUUCCAUCAAAAUAUCCUAUAAGAUCACUAAGGGUGAAAGUACACCGUGAGCAAAGUGAACGACUUCCAGAACCUUUAUGCGAUGAAGUAGACAAAGCUUUGGCUUCAUGGCUAGACACAAAGAGCAAACACAUGGAAAUUUCUGGCAGUGUGGAACUGAUGCUAAGACCGCUUCUGAAAUGGUUUGACAAGCAAAUGGAAGACUUAUUCGUAAAUGGUCUCAAGCAAUAUCAACGAAAAUUGAUUGCUCAACAAGCGGGAUUGCAGUUUGUUUCCCAUUCUGAAAUUUUCAAGAAAGAAGAGGAUUGGGUUGAUCCCGACGAUAACAACCAAGAAGCUUCAGAUUUUGAAGAAGACGAUGGAAGCGAGGGCAAUUAUGAAGAUGAUAAAAGCGGAAGCAAUUUUGAAGAGGAUGAUGGAGAAACUGAAGACAGUACCAGCUGUGAAGAAGAUGAAAAGCCUAAAAGACCAUAUGCUCCAGGUAGCAUGAAUCAUCCUCUGGACGAAGCCCGAAAGGGGACUGAAAUUCGUUUCAAAGAUCUUCAGCUUCGAGAACAGUCCGGAACUCUGGAAAUAGUAACUCUCAAAGUUCAGAUAGCCUGUUCGCGUUGUAGAAACAUAGCCGAUAUAAAGGUCCCACGCAAAAAAGUGGUGUCCUUAAUUUGUAUGAAAUGUUCUAAUGAGAUGUCGGUACAUUAUCGUCCUGCAAUCGCUCAUACAUUUUCUUCAGUUGUCGGUUAUUUGGACUUGGAAGAGUGUAGUCCAUUUGAUCUAAUAUUAAUCGACACAGAAUUCAAGGUGAAUUGCCUCAACUGUCAUAAUGACAUGAAUUUGAAUGGCAUUCAUACUGGCCAAAUGAAAAAUGGUUGGUGCAAACAUUGCCAUAAGAAAUUGCACUUUGCUGUGGAUAGUAUAAGAUUUACGCAAUUAACAGCUGAUGGUAUUCCGUUAGGAGCGUCCAUUUAUAAGCUAAAGGACAAUAGAAAGCGUGUCCCCAAAGACCCACUUAUAAGAGAAGGAUAUCCUCUUCCUGACAAUGGAGCUUGUAAACAUUAUAAGAAAAGCUUUAGAUGGUUCAGAUUUCCAUGCUGUGGAAAGGCCUACCCAUGUGACACAUGUCAUGAUGAAAAAGAAGAUCAUAUGAUGACUCUGGCAAAUCGAAUGAUAUGUGGGUUCUGCUGCAAAGAACAACAGUUUGCUGCAGAGAAGAGCUGCAUAGCUUGCGAUAAAUCUCUAACAAAAAAAUGUGGAAGUCAUUGGGAAGGCGGAAAGGGUUGUCGAGAUAAAUCUAAGAUGAGCAAGAAUGAUUCUCAAAAGUACGCCAAUCUUAGCAAGACAACAUCGAGAAAGAAACAAGCCAAGAAAAAUUAA